AUGUCGCCAAACAAGCUGCAAGAAUGGUUUCCCUGGGUUCAAACGCCCGUGGUUUGCAGCGCGCCCAUGAUGGGCGUCGCCACGGUUGAGCUGGCGACGCAACAGCUCGCCGCGCUGGCCGCCAACCUGACGACGAGCAGAGCACUCCUCGGGACCAGCGACGGCGGGCGCGCCGACGUAGGAGUCGGCUUUCUCACCGGUCACGCAUCCGUAGCCUCCUUCGCCGAGACUGCCGUCCCCGUUGUUGCGGAGCAUCGACCCGCGGCCGUCUGGCUCUUCGCGCCAAACCAACACGUCAAGCCGCACGGAAACAUCAUCAGGGCUUUGAAGGCCCUGGACCCGGCCCCCAGAGUGUUUGUCCAGGUGGGCAACGUGGCCGCGGCGAGGGAGGCCGUCCGGGACGGCGCAGACGCCAUCGUCUGCCAGGGCAUAGACGCCGGCGGGCACCAGUUCAGACGGGGCGCGGGCGUCGUCACGAUCGUCCCCGAGGCGAGGGAGAUGCUGGAGCGGGCGCCCCGCGGGAGCGAGGUCUGCGUGCUGGCAGCCGGGGGGAUAGUCGACGGGAGAGGCCUGGCCGCCGCCAUGGCGUUGGGCGCCUACGGAGUCGUCAUGGGCACGAGGUUUACCGUCGCUCGAGAAUCCGCGUACCCCGACUUUCGGAAGCACUUGGUCCUGAGUGCCGUUGACGGCGGCAUCUCAACCCUCAAGUCCCCUUUCAACGAUGAGAUCAACAACAGCGCCUUGUACGAAGCCCUCUGGGGCGCUCACUACGACGGCCGCUCCGUCGUGAGCACUAUCCAUGAGCAGUUCUUGGCUGGUUCGACCUUGGAGGACCUGCGGAAGAGCUUGGCCGAGGAUUACUCCAAAGACGACGCGGCCAAGUUGAUCAACACGUGGGCCGGAACUGGCGUCGGCCUCGUCAAAGAGGUCCUCCCAGCGGGUGAAAUCGUCCAAGAAGCCCGCGAAACCGCCAAGCGAACGAUCCGCGAGCUCGUGGGACAGUUGUGUGAGUGA